GGUGCCAACUUUCCUGGACUGUCAAAACAGCUAAAUCCAAGCAGGUAAACUUCUGCUCACAUGACAUGAGAAAGCAGACACACCUGGCCAGUUGAAGAAACGACAUCUCAGCAGGACCAAGUUCCGGAGUGGUGUGGCGACUCUGUGGAUCUGUGAGGAUGGAAGGUUUUACACGGUGGAGGGCAGGAUGGGGCUACCCCACCACCCUGCUGUGUAUCUAUGGGUUUUUCAGUACUGUGAAGCCUUUAGAGCCUUUCCUCACACCUUACCUGACAGGUCCUGGCAAAAACCUGACAGUGGAACAGGUGACCAAUGAGAUCUUCCCUGUGUGGACAUACACCUACCUGGCUGUACUGGUACCGGUGUUCCUGCUCACCGAUUGGCUGCGCUACAAGCCCGUCGUGGUGUUCCAGUGCGUCACCCUCUUUCUCACCAACGCAUUGACACUAUGGCUGCAGGGAGUGGCAGCCAUGCAGGCGAUGCAAUCCGUCUACGCCAUGGUAACAGCCAGCGAGGUGGCCUACUUCUCAUGCAUCUACAGCCUGGUGGAGCCGGAGCACUACCGCAAGGCCACGUCAUACUGCCGCAGCGUACAGCUGCUCGGAUACACAGUGGGAUCGGUACUGGGACAGCUGCUGGUCAGCUUUGACCUCAUGUCCUACGAUAGCAUUCUGAUACUCACCAUGGUGUUGAUCUCUGUCGCCCUGGUGGUGUCCCUCUUCCUGCCCAUGCCCCAGAAAACCAUGUUCUUCCACCGUGGUCAAAGGGACAACGGGCAGGUGAUACCCGACGCCAGAAACGAAGAGGCGACAGAAGAAACAGGCAUUCCAGAUCCACUGAAGACCCCAGGCGGAGGGGAGAGCUGUGCAGCAGUUGGGGAGAAGGAAGAGGGCCCAGAGGUGGUGGAAAGGAACAGGGUAUGUUGCCAGGUUCUCAUCCAGCUCUGGAGAGACUUCCUUGAGUGCUAUUCCACGAGGACACUGCUGUACUGGUCAGUGUGGUGGGCACUGGCCACUUGUGGCUACAACCAGACAGUGAACUAUAUACAGGUUCUGUGGCAGCAUGUGGAGCCGUCCCAGAACUUCACAGUCUACAAUGGAGGGGUGGAAGCUGUGUCCAACCUGUUUGGUGCAGCAACCGCUUAUGGCAUUGGCUUCACCCAGGUGGACUGGGCCCAGUGGGGAGAGCUGGCCCUGGGAUCAUUCUCUGGCCUGGGAGCUGCAGCCCUUUUCACCAUGACGUUCACAGCAAACAUCUGGGUCUGCUACGCCGGCUACAUAGUCUUCAAGUGCCUCUACAUGCUGCUCAUCACCAUAGCCAUGUUCCAAAUUGCUACUGAACUGUCUAUGGAAAGAUAUGCACUGAUUUUUGGAGCAAACAACUUUGGGUCUUUGGUCCUUCAGACUAUUAUCACGUCGGUUGUGGUGGAUGGCAGGGGGCUCGGCUUGGGCAUCAUCCCACAGUUCAUCAUUUAUGGAAGCUACUUCUUAGUCAUCGCUGUGAUUUUCUUUCUGAGGGGUGUACACACCGUUAUGAGAACACGGAGAAGCCACAGACACGCCAUCACCGCUGUGGAGACGCCUUCAUGUGUGAACGGCAGCGACACAUGCCCUGAACAAAAAUUCUGA